UUUGUUUAGGUGUUGACGUUUUAAUUUUUCUAUUUGGAUUUUAAAUUGAAAUUAAUAAUGUCUGAUACAUUAUUAACAUCGCUUUUUCCCGAAGGAAACCACAACAAUGCUCAAACUGCGGAGUACUUAACGAAGUUAGGAACGUACAAAAUAAAAAACCUGAAAAAUGAGCCAGAUCGUUUGAAACAGGAGGCGAACGUGAUCCAAGAGCAAAUCCAGGAAUUGGCUAUAUCGAAUUACAAAACCUUCAUAGAAACUGCGUUGUGUUCGCGAGAGUUGUUUUUCAAAUUCGGCGUUAUAGAAGAAAAAGUGAACGAUUUGCUGGAAGACGUGCCGAAAUUCGAAGAGAUAUGCGACAAAUUCGCCACCGAAUCCAGCGAAAUCAACGAUUUGAGGCGAACGGAUUCUACGACUUUGGCUAAGAGCGCUCAAAUACUAGAGAUUCUGGAAAUACCCCAGUUAAUGAAUUCAUUUAUCCGAGACGGUUUGUACGAAGACGCUUUGGAACUCUGCAAUUACGUUAGAAAGCUCUACUUAAAGCACAACGACGUGCCUAUAUUCAAAACUAUAAACGACGAUGUGAAUAAAGCUUGGAUUCUGAUGCUUCACCAGCUCCUGUCGCAGCUCAGACAAGACUUGUCGUUACCCAAGUGCUUACAAAUAGUAGGACAUUUGAGGAGAAUGGAAAUAUUUUCAGAGCCAGAAUUGAGGCUGAAAUUCCUCCAAGCACGAUCGCAUUGGUUGGAGCAACAGUUAACUGCUAUUAGCAAGGAUGAUUUGUUGGUGCAUUUAACGAAAACUAUUGAAAUAACCAGGGUAAAUCUUUUCAACAUUCUUACUCAGUACACGGCCAUUUUUAAUGACGACGAGCACAGCCCCUUAGGCGUAUCGCAAAUUAAAUCCACGAAUCCAAAUGUUAUAUUUAAAAGUUGGAUACAACAUCAGAUUUCUUCGUUUUUAAUUACUUUAGAUAGAGAUUUGAGCGGUGGUAAUUCUUUAGAAGGGAUAUUUGAUCAGUGCAUGUACUUUGGCUAUUCGUUUAGUAAAGUCGGUUGCGAUUUUAGGCCUUGGAUGGUACCCAUUUUUACCAAACACAUUUACCUAAAUUUCUCUAAUUUAAUCGCCUCUGCCGAUAAUAAUUUCACCAAAAAUAUAGAAAAGUUCACGUUAAUCGACAAAAAAACCUCUUCAAUUCCUUGGAAGCACAACAAAGGCGACGAACUUCGACCGCCCGAUAGUUUAUUGGAAUUCUACCCCUUGGCUGAAUACACCAACAAUAUUCUAAACGCCCUAAAUCAAUUGAGGCUGCGGCCGCCCGUCGCUCUAGUCACCGAAGUGGUGGAAACGCUAGAAACAUCGAUGACGCUGAUCGCGAAAUCCCUGCGUAAGCUCUACAGCCAAGAACAACAAGCCUUUUCGGUUAAUUCCAAAGACGCCUUUACGCGAUUGUGCAUGUGCUUCUCCGACGAUUUGCUGCCGUUUAUACAAAAAACCAUUCACAUUAUCUUCCCACCGAGUCAUCUAGCCACUAAAUUGGGAGUCAGCGUUAAAGUGUUGCAAGAAGAGGGUAUUAGUUUCUUCAACAAAGAUGUUGUAAUCGCGCCCAUUAGUCAUUUACUGCCUACAAACGCAGAGCCUAAUAUUACUGCAGAAUCUAGUUAGUUAAUUUAUGUUUGUG